AGGAAGAAAUGGAGGAUGAGGAAACUAAAGAGACCCAGGAUUGGGUGCCUUCCCUCAACUCCUUCCUCUCUCCCCACCCGACUAGCUCACAGGACCUCCCCGGGGCGUGGAGUACAGGACGCUCCGCCUCGCCCGCCGCAUUCCGCGCCCCUUCCGGCCCGCGCGCACGUCGCCCCAGCCGCCGCCAGAAGGGGCGGGGCCUGGGCCCUGGCGUUCAGUCAGCCAAGGUCCCAGCGUGCCCUGCGCCGGCCAACGAGAGCAGAUCCAGUGACUCACCUCCGCCGCGCUAACUCUGCUCGCUCUCUACUCGCACACGCUUACACCCGGCUCGAGAUGGCGGCGGCAGCGGCGGGGGACUCUGACUCCUGGGACGCGGACACGUUCUCCGUGGAAGACCCGGUGCGGAAGGUGGGGGGCGGCGGCACCGCUGGCGGGGACCGCUGGGAAGGCGAGGACGAGGACGAGGACGUCAAGGAUAACUGGGAUGAUGAUGAUGAUGAUGAAAAAAAAGAAGAAGCAGAAGUAAAACCAGAAGUAAAAAUUUCAGAAAAGAAAAAAACAGCAGAGAAGAUAAAAGAGAAAGAACGGCAGCAGAAGAAAAGGCAAGAAGAAAUUAAAAAGAGGUUAGAAGAACCUGAAGAACCUAAAGUGCUAACACCAGACGAACAAUUAGCAGAUAAACUGCGGCUAAAGAAAUUACAGGAAGAGUCAGACCUCGAAUUAGCGAAAGAAACUUUUGGUGUUAACAAUACAGUUUAUGGAAUAGAUGCUAUGAACCCAUCUUCAAGGGAUGACUUCACAGAGUUUGGAAAGUUACUGAAAGAUAAAAUUACACAAUAUGAAAAAUCACUAUAUUAUGCCAGUUUUUUGGAAGCCUUAGUUCGAGAUGUGUGUAUUUCAUUGGAAAUUGAUGACUUGAAAAAGAUUACCAAUUCAUUGACUGUGCUUUGCAGUGAAAAACAGAAGCAAGAAAAGCAAAGCAAAGCCAAAAAGAAGAAGAAAGGUGUGGUUCCCGGAGGGGGAUUAAAGGCUACCAUGAAAGAUGAUCUGGCAGAUUAUGGUGGUUAUGAUGGAGGAUAUGUACAAGAUUAUGAAGACUUCAUGUGACAUUUUAUCUUCUCCUGGUGUCUUCUUUCUGUUGCCCACAAUCCCUUCAACAUGUAGCACAACUUCCUUUCCUUUCAGUUCUGCCAAAUGCUACAAUCAGAAGUGCAGUAUCUUUUGUGCUGGUUAUUAACCCCUUGACACUUAGGUGCUAAUGUGCAAAUGAGGGAACUUGGAUCUUGCUGCCAAGGGGUUAAAAUUGGGAAUCUCCAUUGCUACUAAGUCAUAGUUUAAAAAAACAGACCUAAUGUUGUUGUUGCUAUCUGAUUCCAUAGCAGCAGUCACUAAAUUGGAAACAAAGGUUGCAACAUGGCAAAAAAUUGUGUAGUAUUUACCAGCACCAUUCAGUAAUACAGCCUUAACCAUACCUCCUUGAACUACUUCAUAACUUGUCAAGAAAAGCAGUCUGCUGCAAGGGCAUGUGGUGUGCACCUAGUAUUAAAGUUGCUUUGUCUUAAAAUUGAGCGUGAGGAUAUUAAAAAUACAUUGUGAAGAAGACUGCUUAUCUCAGAGUGAAGAUACGGCGGCUGAAAAGCACUAGUUUGAUACUUAAAAAUUAAAUGACCAAAACCCUCCAACUUUGAAGCUGAAGAAGGUAAACCUCUCCAUUAUUGCAUUACCAAGUUGUGGAAUCUCUUGAAUGCAUAGACUGUCUAGUUUCUAUUUAUCAGACUAUUCUACUGAUGGAGUGCUUCAGAUGGGGGAGGGAAACUCCUUACCUGUUUUAUUUGUCUGAUUUAAGUGUCUGAGAAACAAAAUAUCCUUUGUUCUCUGAGGCUGCAGUGGAUCAGCUUUAACAGGGUUUUGGCAUUUCCUUUCCUUUAUAAAACGUGUUCAGCAAACUGCGCCACUUAACUACAGUUUGGCAAAUUGUUAUGUUAACAAUUAUGACAUCUGCAAUGUUUUAUAAAGCAACUAAUUUAAUAAAGUCACUAUUGUGAGGACUUAAA